AUGGUGAAACCCCUCUCAUUUAAAGGUGACAAGCCUAAGAAACGCAAGGUCCGCUCCGAUGACCCCGAAAAAUCUGUCACAAAAACCCGCAAAAUCGCCGCAGACCAAGGCAACGAAGACGAAAACCCACCCGAUGACAAUAGCUGGGUCUCAGCCGAUGCGCCAGGCGACCUUGGCGGCCCAAUCGUGCUGAUUCUACCUUCCGAUAAACCUACAUGCGUAGCCAGCGACGUGAACGGCGUUGUGUUCGCGAGCGAGCUGGAGAAUCUCAUUGAUGGGAAUCCGGGGACUGCGGAGCCGCAUGAUGUGCGACAGGUUUGGGUUGUGACCAAAGUUGCUGGGACAGAUGGAUUCAGCUUUAAGGGACAUCAUGGGAAGUACCUUGGCUGCGAUAACCAUGGACUAUUUUCUGCGACCGCUUCCGCUGUUAGUCACUACGAGUCUUUCAUUGUGAUUCCAUCGCCAGAUAUUACGGGGACAUUCUACCUUCAGACACGGGGUGGUGAUGCCGAGUCUUUCAUGACUAUUAAGGAGAGCGCGAAGGCUACUUCUGGUGUGGAGAUUCGUGGUGACGCAGAGAAUCUUUCGUUUGAGACUGGUGUACGAAUUCGCAUGCAAGCACGAUUCAAGCCGCGACUUCGAGCGUCGAAGGAGUCCAAGGCAUACGAGAAGAUCAGCAAGAAGGAGUUAGAAGCUAUUGUUGGGAGGACGUUGGAUGAAGAUCAAGUGAAGAGGUUAAGAAAGGCAAGACGAGAGGGAAACUUCCAUGAAGAAGUAUUGGAUGUUAAGGUUAAAGGGAAACAUGAUAAGUUUGCGUAA